AUGAACAUUUUAUUAGAAAAACUUAACCCGUUAGUUACAAAGUGUGGUCUUGAUAAUAUGGAUGAGAUUGAAAUCCUAAAGGGACCAUGCAAAAAAAUAGGAGUUCGUCCUGCUCAUGUUGUGUUUAUUUGUGCAGUUGUUUCUGUGGCCAGCAUUGUGCUAGGAAUUGCAGCACGUUUUCUAUCCACUUUCGUUUCCAUGAUAUAUCCUGCUUAUAGAAGUAUUAAGGCAAUAGAGUCAGACAGUACUUAGUGUUAAAUAACAUGAUAGACAAAGAAGAUGACAGACAAUGGCUAUCAUAUUGGAUAUUGUUUUCGCUCAUCACAUUGGCAGAUUCAAGCAUAGGAUUUGUUUUGGAAUUUAUACCGUUCUACCACGUGAUUAGAUUGGCUUUGUUUGUCGUUCUCUUCCAUCCAUCCUUUAACGGAGCAGAGAAGGUGUACAAAAUUGUAAGAUAGUUCUCUUAUUGUUAUAGGUUGUUCAACCAGUUUACUUGAAAUACCAUAAACACAUUGAUUAAUAGAUAGAUUAGGUGUCUAACAAACUGAAAAACCAGAAUAUGUAUUGAUAGAAUUACAGGGAUUUGCAUUGAUUGUAUAAUGAAG